UUGCUUGCUUGCUUGCUUGCUCUUUCGGUUGUCUUCCUGCACAUGUGCAUAUUGUGGAAACUAUUUCUAAUUCUAAUUUCAUCAAACUCCCUUUCUCCAUCAUCAUAUUCCAUUCAUCAGUUGCACGCGACAAAUCUUCGAAUUCUCAAAUAACUCAACAACUUUGGUAGUAUCAACAUCUAGCUUUGCCCCCCAACAGUUCUAUACUCAUUAGCAUCGCAACAACAACAGCAACAAUACCAAUACUUGGCUCUUGAUAUUCAUACAAAAAACAUACCUUUUUAGAUCGGAUAUCUAUCAUGGCACCAUCAAAAUCUGGACCACCGGCCGCUCCUUAUGCGAAAGAUGAAAAAGUCCUUUGUUUCCAUCAUGAUUUGUUGUAUGAGGCCAAAGUCUUAGAUACUAGACCAACAGAAGAUGGUUCGAGCUGGCAAUGCAAGAUUCAUUAUAAGGGGUAAGGAGUUCCUUAGUUCUGGCUUUAUCAGUCUUUUUGGACCAAAAAUCAAAGAGAAAAUCUGUUAACAUAAUUCUUGUGAUUAGAUGGAAAGCAACGUAAGUUAAAAAUUUAAAUUUAAAUCCAUGAAUUAAUGAAAAACGCUCGAGUCUUUCAUUUUUUGUCCAUCUGUCCAUCUGUCCAUCUGAAUAUCACGAUGGAGCAGACAUUGAGAAGAAUGAGAGAAAAGAGGAAGUGAAAGAACGAUUUUCACUCGUCCUUUAGCUACUUCCAAAGCUGGCAAUGUAGCGAGCGAGAUAGCUGAGUACCGAAUCCUGCCCAAUAAAGCUUUGAAGUUUGGAACAUGUUAGAUAUUCGACUUUCCAAAUCUUCAAAUCUUCAACUGCCGAUGUACAAUUCAAAUAACUAAAAUCACUUCCAAAUCCAAGCAAUCCAUCUUAAUCCCCGUUUUCUCCUUUAUCAUCAUCACAUACCCAUUAUAUCCAUCAAGAUGCCCAAAACUUCCCCUCAAAAGCCGCCACGUUCCCUUCGGAGUCGUGUCCGUACCUUAGCAGAUGCGGAUGUCCAUACAGCCAAAGCAGGAAAAGCAGGAAAAGCAGAAAAAGAAAAAGAAAAAGAAAAAGAAAAAGAAACAGAAGAACAAAAAUCUAACCAUGAUAACAAAAAUAGAUGGGAUGAUUGGGUACCGCAAGAUCGAGUAAUGAAGUUUAAUGAAGACAAUAAAGAACUGGCAGCUCAGCUUCAUCAAGAGAUGAAGAAAAUGAACCAGAAGCCCAAAUCAGCAACUUCAGCAGGUGGAAAGAAACUUGGAGGUCGAGCAAAUGGAUCGGAUUUUGGUUCGGGUCGUGGUAGUGAAGAGAGACAUGCGAGUGUCGCAGCUCAAGGAGGUGGAAGAGGUGGUCCAAGAAGAAAUCGUGAUUAUGAUUUAGAACAGGCAAGUUAAUCAUUUUAUUCAUUGGAACAUUCAAACUUUCAUUACCUUGUUCAUAUACACCAUUAUCCUCAAUCCUCAAUCCUCAAUCCUCAAUCCCCAAGUAUUUCCACAUCAUCUAUCCAAUUCACUCACCCCUUUUAACUCUUCUGGUGGUUUGUCUUGGAUACUAUAUCAUCUUCAUCAUAAAUCCUAUCCAAAUCGUUUUUGGAGGUAAAAUGUUCGGAUGAGGAGUGUUUUCAUCAUACUUGGGUUUGACCUUCUCAAAACUUGGACUUUUCGCUUGCCGCUUUCGGAAUAAUCGUUCCUCUUCUUCUGCUCAACUUCCAUUGUCAAAAGUCGCCAAACACUUCAACAAUCCAAAUGGAUUCCCAUCAAUACAAUCAUUUCACAGCAUCAACACAACAAAACAAGAAGUCCUGUAUUGCUGAGCAUUAAAGGCUUUUCUUUCGCUUUGAAUCGCUACCAACAUUUGUUUAAAUCCUUCUACUCCGCUCUUUGAAUCACACUUUCGAAUAUUCAAUCUCUUAAAAAGCGUCUACUAUCAAUUACGACACCAGGUUCAUCAACAUACAACAUUAAAGACCACUUCAAACCUUCCUUAAAAGAUUCAUCGACGAUGGGUUCUACUACUGUACCAGGUUUGGAGCCUCGUGCGAGACCUCUCGCAAAGAAAUCGGGAAAUUCAAUUCCAGCUCUCCAAGAUAAAACCAAGGAACCUCAAGCGCUCAAUGUAAGUCCACAUUCUUUUCCAUCAAUAGCUCAGUCACUCAUUAUUUAGGGACAAAAGAAGGCCAAAGCAAGGGUCAAGGGUGUUAACAGUGUACCUGUACCGACACCUGGUGUUCGGAGAAGUGCAAGAGAACGCUGUCCACCGAAGCCAUAUGAUCGCUCAAUCAUUGACUCUGGCAACUUGAAGAUCACCAAACUUAAACCAAGAAUGACUGGAAAGAACCCAGACUGGGCCAAUCCCAAGAGCGGGCAUUGGGAUAUCAUGAAAUUUCUUAAUGACGACUCUAUGGUUCCUAAGACCAAUUUGGAUGCACGACCACCCAAGGCAAAUUUCCAAUUCAUUGUCAACAAUUCUAUUCGAAAUCCUGAGACAUAUCGACCGGACAAAUUCAGCUACGUCCACACACCAAAACAGAAGCUACCUCCAGUUCACCCUAAACUCCAAGCUCACAUCAAAAACGGUACUGACACCAUGUCACUGCGUCAAUACUAUGAAAAUUAUGAGCCUGGACAGAUCAAUCCUAUCGCUGGACGAUUGUUUGACGACAAUAAAUUACCUCCUGCACGAUUAAAGCGAAAGAGGCUAUUUCCUUUAUCAUAUGAUGAAGCUGCUAUAACGGAGAUUAUGAAGCCUGUUCCGAAGAAAAUCAAGCUCACUCUUAAGAAGGCUCUUUCAAAACCUUCGCCCAAGAAGACCCAUGCAAAGGCCACUGGGAUCAAAAUUAAGAAGAAAGUUCAUUUUGCAAUGGGAAUGACCAACAACUCUGAAGUCAGAGUCCAUCGUAUCAAAACCACCAAGAAGAUGUUACCACACAUUGCGAAAACGAACAUUGUGAUGGCAAAACGUGAUUUUAACUAUUUACAGGAAGAGAGCUUUCACAAUCGACCAUCCAUCAACCUUGUUAUUCCUGAUCAUAUUAAAGCAAUUCUCGUUGAUGAUUGGGAGAACGUUACCAAGAAUCAACAACUUGUACCAUUGCCACAUAAGAAACCUGUCGAUCAAAUAUUAAAUGAUUGGCUCGAGUUUGAAAAACCAAAG